AUGAGCAUGGAAGAGGGAGUCGUCCAGGCCGUCGAGGCCAUGUACGCGUCGGGGUCGCCGGCGGACCACCGCGCGGCCGCCGACGAGUUCCUCCGCAAGUUCCAGCGCGACGACGCCGCCUUCGCCACGUGCUACGCGCUCCUCUCGCGGCCGGCGAUCCCGUCCAUGCGCCUCUCGGUGCACUACGUCCACGCCUUCUGCGCGCAGACCAUCUCGCACAUGACGCUGCUGGCGGCCGAGCGUGACAGCCUCACGGCGCUCUUCGCGCUCCACCGCGAGCGCGAUAUCGUGCGCCUCCUCGGCACGGCGCUGGUCCGCAACAUGGAGUCGUCGCAGGGCCUCGACUGGCUCAUGCUUGGCGCGUGGGACGACGAUGUGCGCCUCUCGCUGCUCACGCUCGCGGCGAAGGACGGGAUCGCCUACAGCGAAGCGCCCAAGGUCAUUGUCUGGCUCGGCAAGACCAACGUCGCGUCUGCCGACGCGCUGCGCUGCCUCGCCGAGUGGAUCAACAUGCUCGACGAUACCACCCGCGAUCCAGAGCUCGUCGUGCCCAACCCCGUCGCAAACGCGGCGCUGCAAGUCCUCCGCAACGGCAUGGACGACAACACCGAACUCUUUGACGCAGCCGUCGACGUUGUCAUCGAGAUCAUCCGCGCGUUUCCGUCCGCGGAGCGCGACAUGCACGUCAUCCAGUGGCUUCUUCCGCAGCUCAUGGGGCUCAAGCCGCUCUUCGCCGAGGCUGCCGCUUACGACAAUACCGACUGCUGCAUCGGCCUCACGCGCAUCUUCACCGAGAUGGCUGAGAUGUACUUGAACUUGAUCCUGAGCGAGUCGCCGAUGAACCAGACCGCGGUCGUCGACAUGCUUCUCGACUGCAUGGCGUACCCGGACGCAGAGAUCGCCGAGAUCACGAUGCCGUUCUGGUUUGUCUUUUGCGAUGCGCUCAUCUCGUCGCGCGACCCGGGCACCAAAGCCCGCCUUCUCGCGACGUUCACGCCCAGCCUCACGCGCCUCUCGCUCAUUUGCAUGCAAAACAUGUGCUUCCGCGACGGCUUCCGCGAGCUGCCGAGCGACAAGAAGCAAGAUUUCAAAAACUUCCGCGCCGACCUCGGCGAUAUCUUGCGCGACUGCUGCCACCUCCUCGGCGCCGAGCUCGUACUCCAGCACUGCGUGCAGGGGCUUCAAACGAUUUUCCAGUCCCAGGAGUCGCCCGAGCGUCAAUGGGAGGCGAUCGAAGCCCAUUUGUACAGCUUUCGCUCGAUUGCGCGCAAGGUCGAGCUCCAGAUCCAGUCGCGCUCCAACUUUGACGAGACGCCGCUGCACAGCAUCUUUUCGUACCUGCCGCAGUUUCCCGACCACCCCGCGAUCAAGUACACGUCGUGCCUCAUCAUCUCGCGGUACGCCGAGUGGCUCGGCACGAGCGCCACAAGCUACCUCCCGUCCAUGCUGCAGUUCAUCGACGCGACGAUCCAGCAGUGCCUGAGCCGCAAGGACUACCAGGAAUGGCAAGUGCCGACGGCCGUCAGCGCGGGUCUGCGCUCGCUCUGCAUUGACUGCUGGAAGCACGUGGGCCGCGACCUCAUCGAGUACUACGUGCGUCUCCAAGCCAGCGACGCGCUCCUCGUUGAGGACCAAGUCAUUUUGCUCGAGGGUAUCUGCAAGGGCGUCUCGAUUGGCGACCGCCAGCUCAUGGUCCCGGCGAUGCAGACGCUGGUGACGCCGAUCGCGCAGCACAUGAGCGAGAUUUUUGCGCGUGAUCAUCCGUCGGCGAAUGGGAUUCUCAAGGACCUGCUGCGGCUCAUGUGCAUCUACGACCACAUUACGGUCUCGGUCGUCGACCCGAACGCGACGCACCCGCUCGUCGCGCUCACCGAACAGCUCUUCCCGCUCUUCCAGCAGACGCUGCGCGUGUACGGCCACAACGCCGAAGUCGUCGAGCGCAGCUGUCGCUGCUUCAAGCGCAUGCUUCGCGUGCCGCAGAUGAAGGUCGUCGUGCCGACACUCGCGGAGCUGCUCGUGACCCACUUUGAAGCGCAUCCGCAGUCGUCGUACCUCUACUGCGCGAGCAUGAUCCUCAAGCACUUUGCUUCGGACGCCGACUGCGCGCCGAUCUUCGAGCAGCUGCUGCUGGCGCUGAGCCGCAAGACGUUUGGCGUGCUCCAGGAGUCGUCGCACGCGAUGGUCGACAACCCCGAUAUUGUCGAAGAGUUCUUCUACCUUAUUGAGCGCUACCUGCGCUGCUUGCCGCUGCAGACCGUGCCGCUGCUGCCGAGCGUCUUCCAGUGUGCGUUGGCGGGGCUCGCCAUGCAGCACAACGACGCCAACAAGGGCGUCCUGAGCUGCCUCCAGCUCCUUCUGCAGCAAAUGGCACUGGUGCACACGGACCCGACGUUCCAGCCCUACUACACGACCGUCGACGAGUGUCUGCGGACGCAGGGCCACCUUCUCGUGCACGCACUGUUGCGCGGCGUCAUGGGCCACCUCUCGGGGUCGCGCGUCGACGCAGACCACGGGUCGUGCGCCGGUGUGCUCCUCUGCAUCGCGCAGCUUCACGGCAACCUCUUCCAGGAAUGGGUCACGAGUGUGCUCGGGGCCAUGGAGACCGGACCCAAGCUCAAGCCGGACGAGAAGCAAAAGUUCCUCGAGACGCUUCUCGCGUCGACGGACGAAGGCACGUUCCGCCGCACGAUCCGUCACUUCUCCAAGCUCUGCAAGCAGUGCAACGUGUACGUCUAA